AUGGCAUACUUGGAGAAGGGUCCUUGUCAACCAUAUGAACAUGAUUUCCCAAGAAGACCGAUGGGGAAUGAUAAUAGAUGUUUUCGAAAAGAAUGGUUCUCCGAAUUUCAUUGGUUGGAAUACAGUAUAGAAAAGGAUACGGCGUAUUGUUUGCAUUGCUACCUGUUCAAACCUGAUAGAGGGGGUCAAGGGGGUGGACAUAUAUUUACUAAGACCGGCUUUAGGGAUUGGAAGCACAAAAAGACAUUGAAAGAUCAUGUCGGUCUCUUUGAUAGUUCUCAUAAUCAAGCUUUUGCAAAGUGUACCAACUUGAUGAAUCAAAAGCAAAGUAUCUCUUACGUUAUUUUUAGCCAAAGUAGUAGUCAACAACAAAGUUAUAGGACCAGGUUGACUGCGGUGCUAGAUUGUAUUAGACUCCUCUUGAUGCAAGGAUUGUCAUUUCGUGGUCAUGAUGAAUCGAAAGAGUCUCUUAAUAGAGGAAAUCUAAUUGAGGUAUUGAACUGGUAUGCAGCUUGUUUUGAUGAGGCUCGCGAUAAUUCUAUGAAAGAACAAAUGGCAGUUGUUUUAAGUCUGAGAGGUCAAGGCUAUGAUGGAGCAAGUAAUAUGUCAGGUGAGUUCAAUGGGUUGAAAGCUUUAAUUCUUAGAGAGAACCCGCAUGCUAUGUAUGUUCAUUGCUUUGCUCACCAACUUCAGUUGGCAAUUGUAUCUGUAGCACGUAGGAAUUGUAUGGUUAGUGAUUUUUUGGACGUACUUGCUAUUAUUGUGAAUUUGGUUGGUGCAUCAUGUAAGCGUGUAGAUGUUCUUCGAACAAGUUAUCAAACUAAUAUUCUGGAGAAACUUAAUACUAGGGAACUUACUGGUGGAAGUGGUCAGUUUCAAGAAAUGAGUUUGGCACGCUCAGGUGAUACUAGAUGGGGCUCACAUUUAUUGACAGUUACUCGUUUCAUUAAUAUGUUUAAUGCUAUUAUAGAUGUUCUUGAGAAUAUAUCAGAAGAUGGCGUACAUUCAGAUCAAAAAUCUUUGGCCUUAAGACAGAUGAACAAUAUGCAAGAUUUUGAGUUUGUGUUCAGUCUUCACUUUAUAUUUGAAAUUCUUGUAAUUACAGACGACCUUUCACAAGCCUUACAGAAAAAGGACCAGGGUAUUCAGAAUGCUAUGAGGUUAUUGAAUUUGUGUAAGUGUGCAUUGCAGAACUUGAGAGAGAAUGGUUGGGAUACUUUGUUCAGUAGGGUGAUUGAGUUUUGUGUUGAUAGACAUAUUUAG